UACAUAUGACACGAGUUGAACAAGCGUCAACACCUCACUCCUCCUCUCCACUCUCCACCCCUCACUCCUCGCCUUAAUCAUUUCUACACUCCCCUGGCCCCACCCACCCUCUCUCCCGCCACUCCUAACCCUAGCUCCCCUCCGAUGUCUUCGCCCCUCGCCGGCGCGUACUUCAAACGCGGCGACCCCGUCGAAGUCCUCCGCCCUAACCUCCUCUUCUCCCCCGCCACCGUCCUCCAACCCCCGGGCCCCACCCGUCGCCACCACUACUUCGUCCAGUUCCAAACCCCCCAAAACCACAACACCACCAUCAUAAACCACAAUGAUGAUAGUGACGUCAGCAGGAGGGAGUACGUGAGCGUUGCUGACGUCAGGCCGGUGCCGCCGGUGGAGCUCAACGCCUUGUUCAUGAUCGGAGAAGCCGUCGACGGCUUCUUCGACGACGAGGGAUGGCGGAGGGGGAGAAUUAGGGAAAUACUGGAGAAUUCUAGGUAUGAAAUUGUGUUUGGUGAGGGGAAUUUAGUGAAAGAGUUUGAUCAGUGGAAUGUCAGGCGUGCUCGUGUUUGGGAUGACGGUUGCUGGGAUCCUCCUAUUCAGCUGAAGCAUUUGGAACCUUGUGUACAUAAAUCCUCUGAGAUGAUUGUAAGACCCAGCAAGUUGAAAGUCAGGGUAAAGCAUCCCAGACAAACAUUAGAAGAUAAAUUUCCCAAGGGAAUGUUGGUAGAAGUGAAAAGUGAUGAAAAAGGUUUUGCAGGUGCAUGGUACACUGCUAAAGUUAUAGGACCAGUAGGGAAUGACAUGUUCUUAGUUGAAUAUCAGACGCUGAAAACUGAAGAUAAAUCUGGUCUCGUUAGAGAACAAGUAAGUGCUUCAUGCAUACGGCCUUGCCCCUCUGAAUUAGAACAUACUGAUUGUUUCAAGGAGCUGGAACAAGUUGAUGCUAUGAUUAAAGAGGGAUGGUGGGUGGGUCACAUCUCUAGAGUUCUGAGCGACAGUGUAUAUCUAGUCUAUUUUGCAAGUACUGAAGAGGAAAUGUUGUUUGAACGUUCUGAGUUGAGGUCUCAUCAAGAAUGGGUUGAUGGUAAUUGGGUUUCAGCCAACAAGCAGACUUCAGCAACCCAGAGGCCAAAGUUACAAUUCAAGGUGAAGUGCAAUGGAAAAACAUCAGAGCCAAAGUUCAGCAGAGGGACGAUGGUGGAGGUAAGGAGUGAUGAAGCAGGUUACCAUGGUUCUUGGUAUACUGCAGUUAUUACUGAUAUAUUAAAGAAUGACAAGUACAUGAUAGAGUACCAGACUCUGAGAACAGAGGAUGAAGCUAAACUCCUCAAAGAGAAGGCAAAUAUUUCUGAUGUAAGGCCUGCUCCCCCUAAGAUUCAACGUGUGGAUCGUUUUAAAAUGCUUGAAGAAGUUGAUGCAUGGUAUAACGAUGGGUGGUGGAUGGGGCAUAUCUCUAAGAUCCUUGAUGGCUUCAAAUAUUUAGUCUAUUUCUGGACCACAAAUGAAGAAAUAGAAUUCCAUCAUUUCAAGUUGAGGCCUCGUCAAGAAUGGAUCUUCGGCAAAUGGAACUUCUCACUCAGGAAGGAGUCUAAGUUGCCGGUAAACCCUACUAUCUCAAAAUUGAAGAUUCCGUGUGGUAAAGGGAUUUCACCAAUGGAUUUCGAUGAGUGGGCAAAAGUAGAAGUAAAAAGUAGCAAAGAUUAUUAUGAGGGUUUAUGGUUUCCUGCUAUUGUUGUGAGAAAGCUAAAGUAUGGAAAGUAUCUGGUAGAAUUCUUGACACUGGCUACAGCUGAUGCUGCCGAACUUCUCAGGGAAGAGGCAGAUGCUUUGAUGAUGCGGCCGUGUCCUCCUGUUAACCAACGUGCUGACCAAUACAAACCACUUGAAGAAGUUGAUGCUUGGUACCGUGGUGGUUGGUCUGUUGGGCACGUCUGCAAAGUUUUUAGCGGCUCCAAGUACACUAUAUAUUUUAGAAGUACAAAUGAGGUACUGGAAUUCAAACAUUCCUAUUUGAGGCCUCAUCAGGAUUGGAUGAAUGGGGAAUGGAUCAAAGCAACUAGGGGCCGGAAUUUCAUGAGCUGCCAGUGAUUUACAUAGUAUUGUGCCGGGGCUUUGAUAUUUUCUUUUUCGUGGCCCAUUGGCGGCAAUAUACUUAACCUUGUGCAUGAUAGAUCAGAUCUAACUGGAUAGCUUUUUUGGUUAGGUUCAAGUGGUGGUCAACUCUCGUAGAGUAAUUAAUCUUCUCGUCGGAAAAUGAAACUUCCGUAUUAUAUAUUAGACCUGUAGAUUGUGAUAAUAGCUGACGAUGUUGAAACUCAAAUUAUAUAUAAAAGUGUUAGAUAUUAAUACC